CUCUCUGUGCACGCGCGCUCUGGCUCACUUUCAGCAUGUUGAAGUUCACGAGCUGCUCGCUGAGAUCCGCUGCGGUCCUGCGCUCACCUGCUGCUGCUGCCUCUCAGCCUCGUGUGCGUCUCUCCACCGGGCCCCAACAGAAACACAGAACCUUCUAUGAGUUCCGGACCUACUGCAUCCGCCCAGACCAGAACGCUGCCUUCCUCAAACUGACCAAUGAGAAGAUCCACCUGCGCACCGCCCACUCUGAGCUGAUUGGCUACUGGAGCGUUGAGUACGGCGGCCUGAACCAGGUCUUCCAUAUAUGGAAGUAUGACAGUUAUUCUCAGCGGGCAGGUGUUCGGGCAUCUCUGGCUCAGGACCCCUCCUGGAUCUCGGAGUACAUCUCCAAGGCGAUACCGAUGCUGAUGUCUCAGGACAACGAGGUCACCUACCUGGUUCCCUGGAGCCGCCUGCAGGAGCCCCCCCAGGAGGGCGGUGUGUACGAGCUGGCUUCCUUCCAGAUGCGUCCCGGCGGUCCGGCAGUUUGGGGAGAUGCCUUCCAGGCUGCCGUCACCUCCCAUGAUGCACCGGGGCACGGCAAGCUGGUGGGAGCUUUCCACAGUGAGUGUGGUCGGCUGAACAGAGUUCACGCCCUCUGGUGGUUCCAGAGCGCUGACCAGCGAGCUGAAGUUCGACACAAAGCUCACACUGACGCCCGAGUGGUUGCUGCAGUCAGGAACUGUGUCGUCCAUCUGGACUCUCAGGAGAACAAACUCCUGUUUCCUUGUUCCUUCUCUCCGCUGAAGUGACCUCCUGUCCUCCACAUCUGCGUCUCCACGGCAACAGAGACAAACACGUCACCUGAACCACCUGCGUCCUGUAUGAACCAAUCGCGGGUCGUUAUAAAUCCCGCUGCUUGUGUCUGAUUGGUCAGGCUGACCAAUGAGCUGUCCUUAACCUGAACCAAUCGUGUGCCUCAAACCAGCCACAGGGGGGCGGGUCUUACCAAGUAGAGCGGUGUGAUUCACAGCAGGAAGUGAGCGGACGUAAGAAGUCAAGAAGAUGGGUGAUAUAAAUAUCUAAUAAAAUAAAAACAAGUCCACUCUGUUUUGUCAGUGACGGCAGCAGCGGCCAAUCCUGUGGCUGCGAUGUUGGUGGUGGGCGGGGCUUCUCUUGUUUUAGGAUAGUAAACAAUAAAGUGAAAGGAAAACAUUUAAACUA